AGUACCAAAAAGCCCCAACAUUCAAGCCCUCAACAUCCGGAACCCUAAAAUUUUUCCGCCUCCGCCAGAUCAACGUUCUUCUUUUAUUCUUAUCCAGCUCCUUCUUCCAAAAAUAACCUUUUAUCUUCUUGUUUUCUUCCGGUGGGGGGUUGACCUGACGCCGGCGUAUUUAUUUCAGAUUAAUCAGCUAUUCGUCGUCUGAUCGGAGUUUAUAUGUAUAUAUUGUGUUUUUAGAUCCGUGACGGUUGUAGAGAUUUGUAGGCUGUAAGUUGUAGAGUGGAGCUUCUAGAAGGUUUUCGGUUUUUAAAUUCACGCGCCUAGAUCUGGAAGUUUUCGGCACGCGCCGGGAUCUCACGACGGAGGGAAGUAUGGUGGUGAAUGGGCGGCCGGCGAAGCGGUUGAAGAGGCGCGUCACUGCGGAUCUGAACGACUUCCUUACUUUUCCGGCGGCGUCUGGGGAUUCGUCGACGGUCUCCGCGUCCUCCGCUUCCGGGCCGUUCAGAACUUGCGUUAGGAAUUUUUUGUCCAAACAUGCCUUGUCGCCGCCUCCUUCGUCGCUGUUCCCUCACCUGAUGACGUGGCAGAUACUCUUCCGAGUUGGAGACUUCACAGUCGCUGACAACGACGGAUCCUCGCCGUCGCCGGCCGUAGUUUGCCUUGACGUUGUCGAGGAGGAUGUCUCUAGAUCGAGAUCUAUCUAUUGCGACCAGUGUCGAGUCGUCGGUUGGAGUUCUAAUCCAGUGUGCACGAAGAGAUAUCAUUUUAUAGUCAAAGCAGAUGGCAAUUCAAUAGCUGGUUAUAAUAAAACGUGUCCUGGCUGCAGCGACACUCUUCACCUGUCGGAAGCUAGGUGCAAGUCAUGUAAUCAUGUCAUGACGGCUGAAGAUAUUGAAGAUUGGAUAUAUAACCAACUAGAGGACACAACUCACCUUUUGCAUGGCGUUGUACAUGCAAAUGGUUUUGGCCAUCUUCUCAGAGUCAAUGGCAGGGAAAGUGGUUCCAGGCUGCUUUCUGGAUGUCAUAUCAUGAACUUCUGGGACCGGCUUUGUAAAAUACUUGGAGUAAGAAAGGUUAGUGUGACAGAUGUGUCAAAGAAGUAUGGCUUAGAGUUCCGGCUACUUCAUGCUGUUACCAAUGGCCAUCCAUGGUAUGGUGAUUGGGGUUAUGAGUUCGGUGCUGGUAGUUUUGCCUUGACAUAUGAUGCCUAUAGAAUGGCUGUUGACAACCUUUCUUCUCUGCCACUGUCCACAUUUUUAUCACAAGGACGGAAACCUCGUACUCGUCUGCAGGAUUUGAUAUCAUUUUAUCAGUCCCUAUCGGAGCGCGAGCUUGUAAAUAUUAGAGACUUGUUUAGUUUUUUGAUGACUUUGAUCCAUGAUGUGCACAAGUCUCCUUCAAGGGUUGAUGGUUUUACCUACAAGAAGCAUCAAUCUUAUGACACCAGAGCCUUGUGUGCAUGGACAAACAAAGACAUUGCCCGUGUUGAGGACGCAAUGUUUAGAGUAUUAAGAGCUGUAACGGGGCCCAACUGGGUGAGCUGGCGUGCUCUGAGGGGUGCUGUUUGCAAAGUUGGACCUCCCGAGCUUCUGGACUAUGUUCUCAAGGAACUCAAGGGAAAACAGGCAGCUGAAGGGUUGGUUGUUAAUGCCCAACGUAUUCCUGAUUCUGGUGCUAUGGAGUUCAGACUUGAGCAUGGAAAUAUACCGUCGACUGUAAAUAAAACAUUGAAUUGCUUCCCUGCAUCAAAUUACCCAUCUGAAGAACAUCUCCUGCGGGAUCUCAGAUAUUUGUAUGAAGCGAUGCUUCACCCUCAGACCAUGGCAUCUUAUGUUCCUCAGGCAAAAAGAGAUGUUGCAUGUGAUUCUGCUAGAACUCUUCUUGAUUGCAAGCAGUUUGUUAAAGAUUACCAGCCCGAGAAAUUCUUGCUGGCAUCAAAACCUUAUGCAAUUCAGUUGCUGUGUGAGGUGGAUCUUAUGGAACACAGUGAUGAACAUGCAAAAAAUCCACCUCCGGAGCUGCUGAUUCUGUCCUCCGAUGCAACCAUUUCUGAUCUCAAGCUUGAAGCUUCAAAGGCUUUCCAAGACGUAUAUUUGCUAUUUAAACGAUACCAAGCUGAAGAACUGGUUGGCUAUGGCGGUGUAGUUGACUCUACCCAGGUAAAGCUCUUGCUAGGGUCAGCUGAAUUUGUCAGAGUGAGAGGAAAAUGCUUCGGGAAAAGUAGUUUAAGCAAGUAUAGAAUGGAAAGGGGCGUCGAGAGGUGGACAGUGGAUUGCAAUUGUGGGGCAAAAGAUGAUGAUGGAGAAAGAAUGCUGGCUUGCGAUAGUUGCGGUGUAUGGCAACACACGAGGUGUACCGGAAUUCAGGACUCUGAAGCUGUUCCUUUGAAAUAUGUUUGCCUUAGAUGCAGAUAUGCCAGUCAAGCAAUGAAAACCACUGGGCCAUGCAAAGGCAAGACGGCGAAUGCUGCUGUUGGUGCUGCUGGUAUCGGCUAUGGGAAGAGCUUGGCAAACCCUGUCUGAAAUGCGCUUAGAUUUUGUAAUUGUAAAGUUUUUUUUUUUUUGCCUGAAGGUCAGCAAGAACGUGUACAUAUUUGACUGUGGCCUUUUAGAAUAUAGAGUCAGCGCACGAGUGGCAUUUUGCACUCCUAA